GAGUCCUUACAACGCGGUUUUGACUCUACGUUAUAAUAUUUUUGAAGCUCUGUACAACCGAUAAUCUCAGUUGUACAGAGACUCUAAAUUUGGCGGCCUGAGGCAGCCAUUCUCGAAUGUAAGCCAUUCCUCCACCACGCGAGCGUGUUGACGUUGACGCGCCGCGAAGAAAACAGUGGUAGGCGAAGGCCUGUAUGACUGAUGACAGAAUGGGGACCUCAAACUGCCAAAAGUGAAAUCUCCUAGACACCGAUAGUUUCGGUCUAUCCAGAGUUCAAAAAGUUUUUCCAUGCAGAUCACGAUCGAUAAAUACGUUGCCGAUUGUGCAGUGCUUUGUGAAUGAACAUUAUUACAUUCAAAUGUCAAGUAACACCGAAAGUAAAAUUGUGUAAUAGGUCUACCUUGCCUUGCUGCAAAUCAAUCAACGACUGUCAUCGAUCAUUUGCCAACGAUAUAUUUUCUCAGUCUUUGUUGUGAAACCCUAAACACUGCGAUAGGGCUCUGGAGAAGUAGUGUCCGAAAGUAUACAAACGUCCACAUCUUUAAUAAAAAAAAUGUCAGAAUUAGGUCAAAUCAACCGUUCCGGAAAGUCGACGUAUUGUUGGAAGAUUCCGAACUUUAGUAGUUACGAUAACCUCGGAUAUUUAAUUAUCUACACUCACCUGUAUUUAGUACUUCUAAUACCAGCGAAGGAUUUAAGUGGCAACUAAAACUUUUAUUCCAAGAUUAUUCUACGAGCAAACGCAGAUUUUUUGCUGUAGUCUUCGAGUGUCUUUCAUACGACUUCCGUAUGGCUACUAUAACAGCUGGCAUCCUUAAAAACAAUAAUGAAAUCAUAGAAGAAAAAACGAAACUUUAUAUGAAAGAGAAUAUCACAUCGACAUUCUCAUAUUUGUUAUUCUCAUAAUGAAGAAUUUGUAAAUAACCCAGCGAACGAGAUUCUAAACGACGAUGUUUUAACAUUCUACUGUAAGAUCGAAAUGGGAAAAAAUCUCCCACUUCCUACUAAUAAUGUUUUCGACAUCUUUGUUUUCAAAGACAAAUCAAGCGUUGAGAGCAAAAACCUCAGCCAUGAAAUAAGUUUGCGACUAGAAGAAUUCGACGAUUUCGAGAAUCUGCUAAACGAUCGCGACUUCGGUGACCUAAAUAUCAGCAUCGAGGACAAGACCGUCAUUGUGCACAAGUGUAUCCUCGCAAAGCGAAGCCCCGUCUUUGCAGCCAUGUUUCGAUCAGACAUGAAGGAACUUCGAAACAACGCCGUAGAAAUCAAGGACAUCAAGUACGGCGUAUUCAUGGAGAUGCUGCGCUUCAUAUACUCUGGAAAGGUGCAUCGGCUCGAGGCAAUCGCCAUGGAUCUUUUGGUCGCCGCGGACAUGUACCAACUUGAAAAUUUAAAGAUCUUGUGCGGAGUCGAGCUCGUGAAGCAGUUGAGCGUUGAGGACGCUGUGUGUAUUUUGAAACUGGCCGACAAAUGCCACGUAGAGGCACUUAAGAAGCAGGCGAUCGAAUAUAUCGUCCAAAACAGGAAAUGUAUCUUCGACCAGACGGCAUUCAGUGGUCUUAGUCGCGAGCUCACCUACGAGAUAUGUCAGGCAAUGAAGUGAAAGUUUUGAUGUAUUUUUGAUAACAAUAUCCCUUGUUUUUAAAAAGAUUUAUAAAUAUUGUAAAAGCCAUGAUAAAAAGCUUUUAGCCGUAAAUAAAAACGUAAAUAAAAACAGAA